AUGCUUUCACCUUAUAAUGAAGAUGUUCUUGGCUGUAGAUCAGUGGUGUAUGCCAAGUUAGGCAUGUUCAAUGAAUCCAAAAAGGAUGCUGAAAGUCUUAUAAGCAUAAUUCCACAGAAACCCAAGGUAAAAAAUUGCACAAUCACAUAAUAUGAUUUUGAGGAAGUUUUAACUUCUUUUAAAAAAGAAAUUCAGUUUCUAAUUGCAACCAUAACAUUUCAAAAAUUUCAUAAUAAAUUUGAUAUUAUCAUGAACAGUAGUCACUUGAGCUACAGAUCAGAUUUCAACAGUUGGUAGGUUUGUGAUCAACCCCAUUUUUUAAGACUAUAAGUGCCAAAUAGCUUUGAUAUCUGUGAUAGUGGAUUUUAUAAUUUUUUGGAGGUAAUACAGUCAAUUGCUAUCUUAAAAACUGUUCUUUAAUUUGUAUGCAACAGAUGACUGGCAGUAAAGGGUUGAUGUGGUUGUAUUCUGGGUUGGGAGGUCCAAGGUAAAGCUUCUGUUGGGUCAUAGUUUUCCUAAGAAAAUCACUUAAGUUGAAUAGGACUUCUUUUCACUAAGAGAAGUAAAUGAGUAUUGGUGAUUUGUUAAGGAGACCUGGAAAAAAAUGUUCUCAACUGGUAAUCCAUGAUCAACCAAUAUACUUGUGGUCCCUUGAUGACAAGAAACUAGAAUAAGCUCAAGCCCAAUGGGCCCUUGUUGCAAAUUUAUUUUAAAUUAUAUUUACAUAUACAUUAACCAGUCUGGUUAAAACAUGACAACAACCUGGUUAUUCUUGGAAAUACAGGGCCAUUUUUUGAGAGCUGUCUCACUUGAAAACCUUGGAAACUACAGAGAAAGUUUAAGUUCAUACUUGAAGGCUUAUGAGCUGGACCCAGGACACCCAACUGAACUCCUGCUAAGAAUUGUUGGAGCUGUUGGGUGCAUCUGCCAAAUGUCAGAGAUAGAAGAAAUUUCUCUGUCAGACCAAGGUACUGUCAAUAACACAUUUUCAGUCUUUUGAUAUGUAAAUAGUUUUUGCUUAUCGCAACUGUCUCAACCAGAUGCAGGCUUAUUAGGCUUAUGCUAAUAGGCUAAUAUGCAAAGACUCUCAAAAACUUAAAAUAGAAUGGUGCACUCCUUUUCCUAUUUCAAAGCCUGGAUUGGCCACUAAAGUUAAUGAAGAAGUCUUCAGUUAUUGUAUGGUCAAUAAUAUUCAUUUUUUAAUUAUAAUGAAACAUUUCAUAUAUACAGGUAAUUAAAUUCUUAUAUUUUUCAUUGUAGUUGUGAUUAACAUGUCUUAUAUCUGGUUAAUUUCAGGAGCAAGCUUUCAAAACUUUGAGAGUUUUGUCCAACUUGGCAAAAGGUUGUAUGAAACAGAAAACUACAAGAUUUGCAUAAGUGUCAUCAUGACAGCCUUAAAGGCACAUUAUGGUUGGGAUGAACAGCUGCUGUACUCACAAGCAAGCAUCAAACACCAGCAUGGUGAAAAAGAUUUUGAGAAGACAAAGAAAGAUAUGCAAAGCCACAACCAUGUCUCUAAUGAGUUUGAUUCAGAAGUCUCUCAUUCUGGGUAUGGGUUUGCAUCAAUUUAUGUUGCAACUGGUAAUGAUGGAACAGAAGAAAGGGAAAGCCGUGAAGACAGCCAAGGGUCACUACAGAAUGGCAGAGCAGUUAUGUUGGCACUGCUUGUUAUGGCUGAAGCUCACUACUGUUUGUACCAAUACAGUGAAGCUCUUUGUGUCUCUCAAAAGUGUCUGUCUGUAGCUUUAGAUUUAAAGGACAAAGAAUAUGAAAUAAAGUGUUACAUUAAAAUUGCAAACAUCCAUCAUAGACUUGCACAGUAUGUUCAAGCUGUGUCUUACAAUGGCAAGCUGUUAGGUGUGGGAAGAGAUCUGCAGAGAAGUGGUGAGGAUAAAGAAACAUUUAAAAAAUACUGGAAUAAUGACAUUGAACGAACAGCAGUCUGGAAUUUAUCAGCAGCAUACAAACUCAUGGGUGACUACAAAAAAGCCCUACACCAUGCCCAAGAGUACAUGGAAUUAUUGAAAUUUAUUGACCAGGGAAAUCUAACCACAGCUUAUUCAAAUCUAGGUGAACUGGAAUUACUGCAAGGUAAUUAUGAAAAAUCUUUGGAGUGCCACAAAAUUGAACUACAACUUUGCAAGAAGUUUAAUGAUCGUCAUGGUGCUGCUUAUGCUUUUGGCAAUAUUGGCACAGUGUAUGCAAACAUGGGUAACUUUCGAUCAGCAACUGUCAAUCAUGAGCAACACUUGAAACUCGCACAGAACUUGAAUGAUAAAGUCUCAGAAGUUAUUGCAUUUAGGAACUUUGGAUGUCUUUAUAAACUCAUGGGGGAACAUGCCAAAGCUCUUGGUUAUUUUGAGCAGCAUUUGCAGCUUGCCAGAUUGAACAAGAUGGAGGCACUUCAAUGUAAGGCAUAUGGACUUGUUGGUGCUUGCUACAGAGACCUUCACCAGUUACACCAUGCUCAGUAUUAUUAUGACACAUGUUUGAAAUUGGCCGUUGAGCAAAAUGAUCUAGAAGAAGAACUGGAAUGUAAUCUUGCCCUUGCACAGAUUUCAAAAGCCAUGAGAAAUUUUGAAACUUCCCGUCUGUACUUCAACAAAGCCAUUCCUGUCUUGGAAGACAAGCUGUUGUCAAAGCAUGGUAAUAGAUUGAUUUACAGAGAUCCCUUGCUUGAAAAGCUGGAUCAGUGUUAUAAGGACCUGCAAGAAGCCCUGAUUGAGAUGAAUCUAGAAGAGGAGGCCUUAGAAAUUGCCGAACACUGCAGAUCACGAAUUCUUGUCAGCAUUAUUAGACAUAAGAAAAUUCUAGCCAAUUCAGAGGCCUCGUCAACACCAAGUCAGCGACUUGUUACAGCAUACUCAGCAAAGGAUAUAACGAGUAUCGUUGAUUUGCAGCAAGCAGCAUUGUUGUUCUUUUCUGUUAUUCCUACUGGCUUCCUCUUGUGGGUUCUGUCGCCAGGGAAGGGCAUCGUGAGAUGUCAUUGGCACAAGAGUUGUGACCAUUCUACAUUUACCAACAAAAUUAAACAUUGCAUCGAAGAGUUUCACGGCAACUACAAGGAGAGUUACAAUUGUGAUCACCGAGCCCUACCCGAAUCUGUAACAGGAAAACGCAGUGAGUCAGUGAAUGAAAAAGAAGACAAAAAAUCUUGCUAUUAUUGUGAAUUUUUUUACUCUACCAAACUGACACCGCUUCAGAAGCUGCAUCAUCUGCUUUUAAGUCCUAUUGAGGAUGAGCUGAAAAUUGAGCUUGGAAGUGGCGUCAAUGAACUGGUUAUUAUUCCAGACUUGGAAGUUAAUUCAGUUCCUUUUUCUAGUUUACAAGACAAAGAAGGGAAAUUCUUGCAUGAAUUCUUCAAUGUUCGAACUCUGCCAUGCAUUAGAACAUUUUCACAGAAAGGAGAAAUGCUUAAAUCAAAUGCAGGGAAACAAGUGGCAGAUUCUUUGGAGAUUCUCGUUCAAGGAAAUCCAGACAUUUCUAGAGUAGAGUUGAAUGGGAAAGUAUGGAGUCCAAAGAAACAAUCUGGUCUCGCUGAAGAAGAGGUGAACAUUAUUGCGUCCUUGCUGGGGGCGGAUCCAGUCACUGGUCGCCAGGCAACCAAGGAGCACUUUCUUACGAUGUUGCCUCAAACAAGCGUGGUUCAUUUGGUGACUUACGGAAGCUGGCCAGAUGCCUGUAUUGCUCUGUCUCCAAACACGCAUCACUAUGGCGACCCUCCAUCAGAAGAUGCAUUCUUAGUGACAGUGUCGGACAUAGCCAUGUUAAAAUUGUCCGCUAAGCUUGUGGUGUUAAACGCAUGCUGUGGGUGUGGCCACCAGUAUUGCCAGUUGAAGCAUGCAAGUUUCCACCUAGCCACAGCUCUCCUGGCAGCUGGUGUACAGUCUGUGAUGAUGCCGUUGUGGUCUGCCCCUCAGGCUGCAAUGCUGAACUUGUUUUAUAAGUUCUACACUGGUUUGGAAAAGGUAUGUGGCUUACAUGUACAGUCAGCCAUUUAUGGUAUGAUAACACCCUUGAGUAACAUACAGUGUACGCUCUAUUUCCGUCAAUCUCUUUGUUCCGUUCUUCCUUCCUCCCCGAGAAGAGACAAAUAACAUAGUGUUUAUCAUGGAAAAUCAUGUAUUAAUGCCGGUUAAAAAAGUAAUUAACUGAUUGAAUAAACUUUUCAUCGUGUAUCUAAAUAUUACUAAAUUCCUCGCCCUUGCAAGGAGUAUACAAAAAAUUGAAAAUGAAGGAUGAGACGUAAGGAGGCAGUUUCAAUCUUAUCGUAUAUCGAAACUGGAGAACCUCACAAUAGACAGAACGCGAAAUACGUAAAUCAGUAGCACUUCGUUUGUUUAGUGCUAGCCAGUCAUAGUGAUUUUGAGAUUAUUAUGUUUUUAUUUUUAACUGUUGUCUUUAGGGCCGAACUGUCAGUGAAUCACUAAAAGAAGCGUGGACCCUUUUGAGGAGUGUUGAGCACAUGUCGACCCCAGACUCCUGGGCGUCAUUUGUUCAUGUUGGGUUUGACACCACUGUAAAUUUCAUGAAGCUGAGGCAUCAGCUGUUUGAUGGGGUAUUGGAUCAAGUGGUGAAAAGUUCAUCUCCGGAGAGGUUCCCUCUGGUCACUGCAGAGACACUGGACAGCAAAGGUUAGUCUGGCAGUUUUGUUCUUUCUGAUUUUUAAGGAACUUUCUAUCAACAAGUUAUGGCGGAGGUGGUUCUUGGCGGUUUAAAUGGGUAGCGAGAGUCUACUAUUCAAUCAUCUUCUGCAAUAUGUGGCUCUCGUACAUCUCUUUCCUAUCACGGAUUACGCAGUCUGACAGGCAAGCCUGAGAAUAGGAUCGUUUCUUAGAGUGAUAGACAAAGUCCCAGGAACGGAAGGGAAAAAAGUGAGUUGCAUUUUGAGUCGAAUACAGGACACUUUUUCCGAAGCAGCGGACCUUUGAAUCCUUCAACGCCGAGAAUUGAUAAGUAUGUAACCUCUGCUAAGAAUAGCAUUAACUGAUCCACAAACAGGUGAUGAGAAGUAACUUACUUAUCGGUCAGUGGGUGAUAUCUCGGUUAACAUCAAUCUCUCUUAACUAAUUAACAGUGAAAAGUAUAGGAGCUAGAAAUCAGAAUUCCAGGUUAGAUCUGGAAAGCUUAAUAGUUUAAGGCGUCUAAAAUAGUAUUUCUUAUUCAUUAUUGGGUGUUUUUAUUUAACUUUGUAGUCCCUUCAGUUACGUUUAAAGUGAAGAAAUUUCAAGAGAUGCUGACACAGCUCUUAUUACAGCACACAUCAGUAUCGCAUGUGCUGCCAGCUCUCCGGGACUUGGUAAGAUAAGAGCUAACUUCACGGGUGCACUACCAAUGAAUUCUUGUUAUUUCUGUGUUAUGUAAUUAUUAACCUUCAGUUAUGUCCUGUGAAGGACUAUUGUCGGUAGCUGUCACUAACGUUUCAACAAUUUAAUGAGUUCCGCUCAUAUUGUCGAAACGUCAGUAACCACUACUGACAACAGUCCUUCUCAGGAUUACACUCACCCGAACGAUCAAACUACACUAUCACAUAUUACCUUCCUGUUCAAACCAUUUACUGGAAUACAAUUUGUAAUACAUUUUAAUAAUCAAUAAUAAUAAUUAAUAAUUUUAAUAAUGCGUUUUUUUAAUCUUGGAUAAUCAAAUCCGAAGCUAUCAAGUGUACAAUGUAUGUAAGUUAUCAAGUGUAUGAUCGGGUCAUAUGCCCUACCCCUAGUCGUACAAAAGUCUACCAUUCUCUAAGAUCUCAGAUGAUCUUUUCACGGAUAGUUUGAGAUGUAUUGACUCGUUAUUCCAAAACUGAUCCCUUGAACCAUUCUCUUUGUUUUGAGUGUUUUGACGGCUAUUCUAAACCCCUUGGCCACUCACUCUCUUUCAAUUUUCAAACUUUCAGAUACAGUUGGCUCAUCAAAUGCACUUAUUAACUCACCAUCCUGAGCUCCUCCUUAAGGGGGACCCAACCAUGUGUGCACAACUGAGCUCCCAUGUUCUGGAGUCCCCUUGUGCCAGAGAGUUCCUCAUCUUCUUAGGGUUUGACUUUCAAAUGGACGGUGCACAUGACAAAGAUCCGUUUGUUGUGUUUCCUCACUGGGACCCUGACGGGACCCUGACUAUGACGUCACAAAUCCUGCAGGCUGUUUGCGGUAAGUAGCAUUCACAUGCCAUCAAUAGUCGUGGACAAGUUGGACGUAAAGGUUAUUGCGAGGCAUAGGAGCAAUAAGUAACUCUGCUCGAUGAGCUACGUUCGUUUAGUCCCUCAUAAAAUGUGCUUCAGUAGAGGCGCUUUCUUACAUUAUUUUUACAUCAUUUUCUUCGAUAAGUAUAUUUGCCUUUCACGGAAUAGAAACCACAAUGAUAUGUUUGGUGAUAUUGAAAAUCACCAAAACAGGAAGAAUGAACCAGAAAUAGACGAGAGUGGUUAAUGAUGUUGUAGACAUAAACAGAUAGCAAAUUAAAAGUCUCAAAUUUCCGGGCUAACGUUUUUUUCUAGACGUAGCUUUCUUAAGAAGUUUAUGGAAAAUUAGUAUUGAUAACUCGCGUAAUCUCACCAUUUUGUUUGCUCAUUUUUUGUUUAUUUGUUUUCAGUAUUUAUUUAUAUUUAUUUGUUCAAUUGUGUAGAUAUCUUGAAGGAAUCUUCCAGUGGAGGUUACGCCUUAGCUAAGAUCACAAACACCUUGAAGAAAAACACCAUGGAAAAGCUCAAAGAAUUUGUAAGUAUCUCAUCACUUCAGUUUACUCUGCAGCGAUGAACUCUCUAGUGGAGCUGGACAUAUACCCACGACUGCUUCUACUACCCAUACUUAUUUCAGAAUCGUUCUAAUAAUAAUGUGAAUUACGAUAAUCAUACGCUCUUUUACCCGCUUCAGCUCAGCUUAAGCAGUCGUUACCCUGAGAGGAUCAUGAAGACGAGUGAUUUUGUCCUCCGCUCAUUGUGGUACAAUCCUGAGUUGCAGCAGCUCCUCGCCUCCUUUGGCUUUUACGAAGUAGGACAGUCGUUACUUUUCAACAAGACCGAAGGAAACCAGCUCAUGUUGAAAUCUACACUGGCUGUGGUCACAGCUUUGCUUGGUAAGGGGAUAAAACCCUUCAUAAAUCUAGGCGCAAACUUUUAAGGGAAAGUUGUUGUAGUGGAAUGUGUUUUCUUUCUUUCAUUUCUUGCCUUUCUCUUCUUUCCUCCUAUUUUUCCAAGAAACAACAACAACAACGAAAUUUUAAUCGUCUUCUUCCUCCACAGAUUACAUCGAGAAAGGGAAAACACGGACUUAUUCUUCCCUUCGUGAGGUAAAUACCUUGUGUUUCUUAAGAACAAUUUUCUUGUUACUGGUCUAUACCGGCACUAUGCAUCAGUAAAUCCCAUUCAACUUUAAUCCUUUGAGAAGCGGUGACCUACUGAUUGGCGCUUGAGUGCCUCCCAGUCCCUCCCACCAACGAGAUAAAUAGAAAUGGAGACCAGCGAACUGUCUGGGUAACCAGACGAAAUUCUGAGGGGGUGGGGAGGGGUGGCGUAAAAUGCGAUAGACCAGCAUUCCACUUGAGUAGGACAAUAAAUACUCCAUUUUCUUCAUAUUUUCUUCGCAUUUUCCCUUUAUUGUUACAAGAAACAGAAACUAUGAAGUAUAAUGUUUUAGUUGACAGCGACUUUUAAGCGACCUCAUACUACUUGUGGACCUCAUUAAAACAACAACAAAAACGUUUUGAGAACAUCACUAGUAUUCUAUUUCCCAAACCACGUGUCAUGACCAUGAUCCUCUUGGCAUCUUUUGUUUCAGUCUGUCUCUUCUGGUGGACGUCCCCCCAAACUUGCCUCACUCUCGCCCCAGCUCACUCCAUCCAAACAGGUCAGUUUUAUAUUUUAGUAUUCGCUAUGAGACCAAUGAGUGCUAUUUCUACUUAGUAUGGGAAUGUGUGGAAAAUCCAAGAUUGCAUUGGUUUUGCUUUACUUUACUCUACUUAGAAAACGCGCACUACACUCUUAAACUGUCACAUACAAGACUACAACCAACACGAUUUCGACGCUCACUCUUCUUUUAACUUUUUAGUCUCCGUCGUUCCUUGUGACAAUUUCUGUCAUUUUAGUUUUGGUUUAUGGGUAUAUGCUUCAAGUGCCUGACUUUCUCUAGCGUUAGCAUCGAUUGUUCUAACGAUAUAGCUGUGAUCAACCUUCAAAUUAGCAAGAGAUCGACUAGUUACAAAACGAGUGAGACUGUCGAAAAUAACGGUACUUACGGUAACAGUUGUGUAUAAAGUAUGGCCUGUAGUGAAACAAGAGUGUUUGUUGGCCACCUGGUGCAUAAUGUUGAAAAAAAAACAAAAAAAAACAAAAAAAAACAAAAAACAAAACAAAAAAAAAACAGCAACAACAAUAAUAGUCUAUUCUUUCGCAGAUUGUGAUGGAGACUCCAUGGAUGUCUACAAAGUCUGAUAGAAGUGAAAAUGAAUUGAAGAUGGCACUUGCCAAAGAGUAAGUUUCCAGUGUCUUAGAGCUUGUAUAGAGCACUUUAACUCGAGUUGUGAUCAUCUAUGAAAAUGCCUCUAAACGAAAAAAAAUUGUUUGCAUUGGAAAUGAGUUAAAAUCCCGGAGGAUUAGCUUGGUGCACCAACAUGGCUGCCAUUCCGUGGCAUUGGUACAUCAAAAUGGCUUCUGUGACCUUAUGGGGAACACUCCUUAUCACUUUUGAGUCCUCGCUGGUUUAAUUUUAAAUCGUUUUCAUUUUGCAAGGUGUCAAUCUUUUGUUACGAAUUGUAGGGUAAGAUAUUCUCGAUCUGGAAAUAGCCUUGGAAAUAUCAUUAGCGGUUGUGAUACACACCUUCUAACGGGUACUCACAGAGCGCGGUGUCGUUAACAGUUCGAUUAACUUUUUUUUAUUUUCCCUGAUCUUUUUUUUUUUUGACUUAAACACAUUAGUCCAAUGCACUAAUUUCCCCUCAAAAAAAAGUUGCAUUUGAUUUGAAACUGAAUUUUUCUGUAGAUUGGAAGGAAUCAAUAAAGAGUUCGCAGGUCAUGUGACGAUAUCAAAUUACUGGCAUGCUCAGUUACUUCGGGCUCAGGUAAACAUCUGAUGAUUGGUUCUUUUUACUUUUAAUGUUUAAGUGAAUUGUAGGAUCGUCAAUAAACGAGGUUAAACAGCAAGCAGCGUUACGUUCAAACCGUUUAGUGAACGUUACGGAUGUCCUUUUUUCCAAAAGUAAACAGUUUUGGUUUUUGUGUGUGCUCUUUAACAGAAGACUGAUGCACCUUUAUUGCCUUACGUAAAGCUGAGGCAAAAUACUCAAACGUGAAGUCUUCCUUAGAAUUUUUUCUCACCUAGCAUAAGUGGUCUUCUGCUCUUACCAAUGAGUUUGAAACGUUGAUAACUCGUUGAUACAUUAAACGAUGAGAAAUCGUGCCUAAUAGUGUCGUUUUAGUGGGAUAGGUUCGUAUAGGCUUAGUAAACCGACAUACGUGUACCGUAUUAAAACCUUUCCCUCUUUCCCAGUCUGCCCCCGGUUCUAAACUCCCGGUCAUUGGGAGUAAGACUCAGAACAAGCCUUCAGGAAAAGCGCGAACUGUAGAAAAGGCGGGAAAAGUGAAGGUGCAAGCUGGUAUGACACCCUCUUGCAACCGGCGGCUUGUAGAGGAGGAGCCACGGCUUUCAAUCAACGACACCAGAGAGAGGCGCAGCGAGAUCUAUAGGAUUUAUGCACAGCGGUAUGAUGAUAUUGCCAUGCAUAAGCGGCAUAAGGUUCGACAGUUGUUUAUGUCGCAGAUUGAAGAUCGUGGAGAAUGUCACUAACACUGACAAUUAGUGUGCAACUUGCUAAACUUUAUCGCAUCUUUUGAGCAAACUAGUUUUUUUGAAGAUAUUUUUAAUUCGUCGAGCCCUAUUAGAUCUGAAUUGUAAAUAAACUCAAAUCAUUAUUGAAUAAUGAACUACUGUUAUUUUUCUGUUAAAAAGGAGAUUGAUGAGGACCUCAUGUUACAAUUUUUCAAGCAAAAGUAAUCCAUAUUAAAUUACAUCAGCUACCGUCACAAACUUCAGGAAAGAAAAGAAAUUUAUUUCCCGGACAAACGUUAACACUCUAAUAUGAAUUUCGCCACCUUGUAAAAUAGAUCAUCAGCAUUCAUUUUACUGUUAUUUUCCUGUUAAAAGGGAGAUUGAUGAAGGUCUCAUGUUACAGUUUUUCAAGCAAAAGUAAUCCAUAUUAAAUUACAUCAGCUACCGUCA